GAGUGUCGCCCCCUAUAGUCUUCCAUCAUUUUCACAUUUAAUAUUGAAAAUUUGACUUAAUUUUUCUUUGGCAUUUUAGCUUCGUUUACAAAAAAGAUUUAAAAGAGAAAAUGUUUCGACAGUUAACACCAAGACUAUUGUCAACUUAUAGAAUUAUGGAAAGGAGUUAUUCAAAAUUUGUCUUAAAUAAGGCGUAUGUAAAUGGUGAAUGGAUUGCUGCAAAUAGCGGAAAGACAUUUGCCGUGUUUAAUCCUGCGAAUGGGGAAGAAAUUGGAAGCGUUCCUGACAUGGAUGCCCAUGAUACAGAAAAAGCAAUCCAAUCUGCAAAAACUGCAUUUCAAUCCUGGAGAAAGAAGACCGCAAAGGAGCGUAGCAUUAUCCUUAAAAGAUGGUUUGACCUAGUUGUUGAAAAUACACCUCAGCUAGCGGAGCUAUUGACUGCUGAAAACGGUAAGACUCUGGCUGAGAGCAAAGGAGAACUAGGUUACGCUUCGUCCUUUAUUGAAUGGUUUGCCGAAGAGGCUAAAAGGUUGAAUGGAGAUAUUCUCCAAUCUCCCGUAUCUUCUAAAAGAUAUAUGGCUAUUAAGCAGCCGAUAGGUGUUUCCGGUAUGAUUACGCCUUGGAAUUUCCCUUCUGCAAUGAUCACAAGAAAGGCUGCUCCCGCUAUUGCUGUUGGUUGUACCGUUGUUAUUAGACCUGCCGAGGACACUCCGCUGUCGGCUUUAGCUUUGUGCAAAUUAGCUGAAGAGGCAGGAAUUCCUCAAGGAGUUCUCAACGUUGUCACAAGCUCUCGUGACAAGGCAUCGGAAAUUGGAAAGGUUCUUUGUACUCAUCCAGACGUCAUGGCUAUUUCCUUUACCGGUUCAACUCAAGUGGGCAAAAUACUACUGGAACAAUCGGCUUCGACUGUUAAGAGGGUUUCACUUGAACUAGGUGGAAAUGCUCCAUUUAUAGUUUUUGAAUCGGCUAAUAUCGAUAAGGCGGUAAAAGGUGCAAUGGCUUGUAAAUUUCGAACUACUGGUCAGGCUUGCAUCUCUUCCAAUAGAUUUCUAGUUCAUGAAAAUAUUUACAAUGAGUUCGUUCAAAGAAUGACAGAGGCAAUGAAAUCUCUAAAGGUCGGACAUGGAACUGAUACGACAGCAACUCAAGGACCUUUGAUAAAUGAUCGAGCUGUCCAAAAGAUAAAUAAUUUAGUUGCUGACGCUACGUCGAAAGGUGCCGCCGUGAAAAUUGGGGGAUCUACACAUCAACUAGGAGGAAAUUUCUACGAACCCACAUUAAUUACAGGUAUUAAUGAAAAAAUGGAUAUAGCUUCCGCCGAAAUUUUUGGUCCAGUAGCUGCCAUUUAUAAAUUUAAGACUGAAGAAGAAGCCGUUAAAAUUGCCAAUUCAACAAGAUACGGAUUGGCUGGAUACUUCUUUUCCGAAGAUAUAAGUCAAAUAUUUAGAGUAGCAGAGGAUUUGGAAGUAGGAAUGGUCGGAAUAAACGAAGGAGUAUUUUCCUGUUGCGAAGCUCCAUUCGGUGGAGUAAAGGAAUCAGGACUUGGUCGAGAAGGUUCAAAAUAUGGCCUAGACGAGUUCUGUGAAAUAAAACAGCUCUGUUUCGGAAAUAUAUAAAUAGAAUUUAAUAAUACAGCAUUGAUAUACAGUAUAUAUAAUAUGCUGUAUGUUACAUAUAACACAUA